AUGUUACCACCGCCUACAUUGCGUGUGACAGAACUAAUGUCAAAGGAAAAUUUGCCAAGAGUACCUGCCAGAAGGAUUUCUUGUUUACCUACAAGUGGUACUUUGAAGAGAGCCACCAACAAAGCCACUAAUCCCGGGGUUCACUCUUUGACAACUAAAUUGACAGGGAUGGGGGGUCUACCGAACUCGAGGAAAGGUACAUCGAAUCAACCUUCACUCGUUAAACCCUUCAAUCAACAAUUUACGACUCUGUCGAAAAAUAAGCACAUUAAACUGCCUACCGGGCUAAACCGAUCUGUUGCGCCGAGUCGAAAUAAUCCUAUCACAAAAGUUGGAAUGACACUAUCGCGUAUUAAAUUGACAGGAAACAAAACAAAUAAAGCCCCCCAAGAAACUAAAUUAAAACAACCCAUCAGACUCUUUUCCAAUUUACAAUCUACGAGCACACCAAGUGCAAGGCGUACCACUCGUGUUAAUGCUACCAAUCUCAAUCGUCCCUUGCGUUCGAGGGAAACUCCUAAGUCCGCCAUGCGAAGAACAACAAUUAAUGUUCCCAAGCUGCCAACCGCUGCUCCUUCACGUAAAAUGACAAACGUUGAUCCUUUGCGUAAACCCGUAAAUGCAGCUUCUUCAAGAAUAA